AUGUUUUCAACAAAGUUUGUUUCAAUUGUUAUUACCCUUUGGGUAUAUCUAUCCAAAGCUUCAGGGGAUGAUGUUACUCAAUUCCCAACAACAUGUUUGAAUUGCUCCAAAUGUGAAGAACCUUGUCAAGAACAGCCCUCACCACCACUUGUUUAUGGUGCUCCUCCACCACCACCACCACCACCUUAUGGUUACCCUAUAUAUGGAGCACCACCUCCUCCAAAAGAGAAAAACCCUAACAAGUGCCCUCCUCCUCCUCCUGCAGAUGUUGAGUGUUGCACUCCUGCAACUCCUGAUACUUUUCCUCCUCCAUAUCCCUACAUUCCUGUGCCCUAUGGUGAAGGCCAACGCUCUUCUUCAAUGUUUCUGCCACUCAUCAUGAUGCUGUUUUCCUCCUUUAUUUUUCUCUUCUGA